GUCUGAGAUCUCUUCACAGACACUGACACUGUCCACGCGUUCCUAUACAUCCUUAUAGCGGGAAACAUUUAAACGAAAAUCGCGAUUUGGUGGCUAUUAGGCUACUAGCUUUCUGGUUCCCGCCGUCCAGUGUCUACUACGUCGUUUGACUGCAGACGCGAUGUCCAACGUGGACGUUUUGGAGCAAUUGCAGCUGGUGCUCAGGCCUGACAUGUCGGACCGGCGGAUUGUGUGCGUUGAGGAGGCAGACACCGCCAAAGCGGACAUGAUCCUAUCGUUUUACAUGUGGUACGUGUUCACCAAGACUGACCUUCCCGUGUGUAUGGUUGGUGUCCGAGAUACAUAUGGUCACUACCAGAAUGUAGGCCUGAAGUUCCAUUACAACCUGUUGUCGAUGUCCAAUCAAAAGCGAUUUGCGUUUGUCGAGUCUAUUGUGUCCGUUGACGGUCUGGUCAGCUGCGCACAAGACCUACUAAAAAGAUACCCUACUGGCUCUGUCUACAUGGUAGUGGAUGAUGUAAGUUCGCUAUUGUUGUUGGGUGAGAGCCUUGAAGAUAUUGUUGGAUUCCUGAUAUUUUCCAAGCAUCAACCACGCCUUUGUUUAGUGAUUGGCUGUUGGAAACAUAAGGCUGAUGAAUCAGCUAAGAGGCUAUCAUCUGCUGUGUCACAUCUGGCCGACAUCAGGGUUGCACUGGCACCGUUAGUUACUGGGUUUUCUAACACUGCAACAGGCACUAUGAGGAUCACUACACACGAAUCACUGUUCUGCAUAGACGACGUGUCUUACCUGUACAAGUUGGCCGACAAUGGUCUUAAGUUAACAUUAAAUUCAGGCUCUGUCAGAUAAAACCAUUAGGUUUUUAAACAUUUUAUGAGCUGUUGUAAAGUGAUAUGAUGUGAUGCAUACUGUUUGUAUAAAAUUAAUUAAUAAUAUAUUGUAAAUAAAUAUCAACCAACAAUAA